CAUGGCGGAGUCUCCCAGUACGCGUCGCGCCGCGCCAGCAGACAGGCAAGACCCGACCCUGGGAAUAAAAAAACGCGCAGCUCCGUCUGUUUGAAGAUUAUUUUAUUACAGCGAGGUAGGGCAGUUCAGUCAAUUUCUCCAUGAAUGUACGUCACAAUGAUGAUGACAGACCAGAUUCCACUGGACUUGGCUCCGCCCCCCCUCCUGAACGGGGAGGUCCCUCUCAUGCCUCACAUGGUUAACGGUGACGCAGCGCAGCAGGUGAUCCUGGUGCAGGUGAACCCGGGGGAGACGUUUACCAUCCGGGCAGAGGACGGCUCACUGCAAUGCAUCCAGGGUCCUGCUGAAGUUCCCAUGAUGUCCCCAAAUGGGUCAAUUCCCCCAAUCCACGUACCGCCAGGAUACAUCUCGCAGGUGCUGGAGGACACUACAGGGGUCCGGCGAGUGGUGGUGACCCCCCAGUCUCCCGAGUGCUACCCUCCUUCCUACUCUCCGGCUCUCUCCCCAACACACCAUCUGCCUCCAUACCUCGCUCACCCCCACUUCAUCCCCAACUCUCACUCUUUCUACCCCCCUGUCAGCCCUGGGGAGCUGCCCCCCCACCAGUACUACCAGCACCACCUCCCCCCCAUGUACGGCGAUCCAGAAAUAAUCCCAGUUUAUGGGAUGUCGAACUACAUCUCAGGCAGAGAGGAGACGUACAGUAAGCCACAGCCCAAAAAGAUUAAGGAACAGAGACAACUAGAGCGACAGAAUCGACUCAAUUCCCCUCCCUCCACUCUCUAUAAGGGAAGUCUGGGGCCAGCACACAACGGAUACAGCAACAAAUCACUCACCCCAUCGCUCGGGUCAGUGGGGACGGGGGGCGGAGUCAGCAGUCCAGGGGGCAAGAAGCCGGAGAGACGACUCCGCAGCAGUCCGCGAAACGGUGAAUCCGACGCGCACACACAAGAUCAUGAUUCAGAGGGGAAGCGUGUUCAAGACAUGCUGUCUACAAUCGACAAACCACAGGUGUCUAAUGUUCAGGCAAGAGCUGCACGGCUAUCCUGGGCCCCCCCAGCAGGGCUGGUGAACAGGCAUAGUAACGGAAUGCCUGUGUCCUGCUCCUUUGAGGUCUCCCUCUCGGAUAAGGGGCGAGACGGAAAGUAUCGUGUUGUAUACAGCGGGGAAGAAUUGGAGUACCAUCUGAAAGACCUAAGGCCAGCGACAGACUACCACGUACGGGUGUCAGCAAUGUACAACUCGGUUCGAGGCUCGUGUUCGGAGGCCGGUUCAUUCACCACACACUGCGGCGUCCCUGACGUCCCGUUAACCCCAAAGCUCUCCAACCGCACAAAGAGCACCCUCACCCUACAGUGGAAGCCCCCAGGCGACAACGGAUCCAAAAUCACAAACUACCUUCUCGAGUGGGAUGAGGGAAAGAAGAACAGUGUUUUCAGAAAAUGUUACUUUGGGAGCCAGAGACACUGUAAGCUGACACGACUGUUCCCCGCCUGUGGCUACACGUUCAGAGUGGCUGCCCACAACGACAUCGGCACAAGUGGCUUCAGUACAGAGGUGGUGUUUUACACCAUGGGCACUCUGCCCGCUCUGCCUCUGGCACCGCGGCUGGUCAGGGCAGGGGUGUCCUGGGUGACCCUGGAGUGGGGGCGUCCCGAGGGCAGCCCCAGCGAGGAGCAACUCAAAUACACACUCGAGAUCCAGGAGGACAACAGCGGAACAGACUUUCAUCCAAAGUACACUGGAGAAAACUUGACCUGUACUGUACAAGGCCUGAAGAGGAGCACACAGUAUAAAUUCAGGCUCAUAGCAUCAAACAUGGAGGGAAAGAGCAGUCCCAGUGAAGUGUUGGUGUGCACCACCAAUCCAGACAAACCAGGCCCUCCAUCGACCCCCUGUGUUACCGGAGCGACACCCUACGGAUUUACUGUCACAUGGGAUCCUCCCCAGGAUAAUGGAGGCUCGGAGGCGCUUACAUACCUGCUGGAGAUCUCGGAGGGCUGCUCUGAAGCGAGUCAGUGGGAGGUAGCGUACAGCGGUCCAGCGACAGAAUGUGUGUGCGAGCGCCUGACACCUGGAACCUACUACCGCCUACGUGUGUGUAGCAUCACCACCGGAGGACACAGCCCGUGCACCGUCAGUGUUCCAGUCCGUACAUUAAGUGUCCCGCCAGGGCCCUGCCAGCUGCCGAGGAUUGUGGGUAAAGCUAAACACAAGGAAGUGCAGUUAGAAUGGGACUCUCCAGUGUCUGAGGGAGUGUGUGAGGAGUUUGUGUUCAGUCUGGAGAUGAGCGAGGGCGACGCUAAGCCAGCGGAGGUGUACCACGGCUCGGAGCUGCAGUGCACUGUUGUUAGUUUGCUACCCGGUGCCACGUACAGCUUCCGACUGAGGGCGGCCAACGAGGCCGGGUUCGGGGCGUACUCUGAACCGACGGAGGUGACGACUGCAGCGGGUCCUCCUGGCCAAUGUGGGGCGCCACUCAUCACUCUCACCAGUAACACCUGUGUAACGCUCAACUGGGAGAGCCCUGAGGGUUCGGGUACAGACAUCUCUGAAUAUCGUUUGGAGUGGGCGAGAGAAGACGAACCCAUGGAGCUCAUCUACUGUGGAUCCGCCACACAGUGUGAGCUGUCAGACCUGACGCCUGCCACAGAUUUCUGCUGCAGGCUACAGGCGGUGAAUCAGGCGGGCGCCGGUCCGUACAGCGACCAGGUGAGUUUCCGGACCCCGGCGACGAACCCUGAUCAGGUCUCCUCCCUGGCCCUCCUGGACCUCCCGGCCUCUUCGGAGUCGGCUCACUCCCCGUCGACUUGUCUCCUCCUGAAAUGGGAGGAACCGAACAGCAACGGGGCGGAGAUCACCUCCUACGUCAUCACCCUGGACGACCAAACCAUCACUGUGGAAUCAGGGACGAGUCACCUUGUCACAGGCCUGCAGCCAGACAGUGAAUACAGUGUGCAGAUCCAGGCAGUGAACGCCAUCGGUUCCAGUCCCUCGAGUCCGACGCUGCUAGCGAGGACACGCCCCCUCCCACCGGCCCCGCCUCCGCUCGAGUGCUCCGCCGCCGGCCCCCAGAGCCUGAAGCUAAAGUGGGGCGAGAACGCCAGCCACACGCGUGCCCUGCUCGCUGACGACAUGGUCUACACACUACAAAUGGAGGACAAGAAUCACAGGUUUGUGACCAUCUACCGGGGUCCCAGUCACACCUACAAGGUCCAGCGAUUGAUCGAGUCCAGCAGCUACAGCUUCAGAAUACAGGCAAUCAGUGAUGCCGGGGAGGGUCCUUUCUCUGACACACAUACUUUCUGCACCACCAAGUCUGUACCACCUGCCCUCAAAGCCCCCAGAGUGCACCAGCUGGAGGGGAACACGUGUGAGAUCACAUGGGAGACCAUCCCACCAAUGAGAGGAGAUCCUGUGAGCUACGUCCUCCAGGUGCUGGUCGGACGCGAGUCGGAAUACAAACAGGUUUUUAAGGGAGAGGAGGGCGCGUUCCAAAUCUCUGGUCUCCAGGGCAACACAGACUACCGUUUCCGCGUGGGUGCCUGCCGGCGUUGCCAGGAUACGUGCCAGGAGCUGUGCGGACCGCUGAGCCCCUCCUCCUUGUUCACGCUGCGUCGCCAGGAGGCAGCGUUGUCGGGGGAACAGUGCGCCAUGGAGACGGGCAAAGGGGUGGGCCUGAUCUCGAGCGACGAGCGCUUCGCGGCGUUGAUCGUGUGCGUGUUCGCGGGCUUCUCCAUCCUCAUCGCCUGCUUGCUACAGUACUUCUUUAUGAAGUGAGGGAAUUUUAACAAUAGCAUAGAAAGAGAAAGCAAAAUCACAGAAAAAACUUUUAAAAACGUCUAUGAAAGAACCGAAUGAAAUCAAAACAAACACUUGAGAUGUACUUCUAAGGCUAUGUAUUUUUUUUUUUUUUUUUUUUAGUCAAAGUAUCGAUUCAGGCUUUUCUCACCUUGUUCCUGUUCUUCUGCCUUCACUCGGUUUGGUCUCACUUCUUUCUGUGUCUCUGUUGUCUUUGUACCAUUUUCUGUCUCAUUUGUUAAGGAUUUCUGUCGAGGGAAGCCUUGUCUUAGCUGUACCUCGGUUGGGAAAGUAAAAACUGAUAAUCAAGCCUUAAAAUAGCUGUGAGCAAAGCAGUUGCUCCUCAGACUGACUUGCAUGUUUUUUUUGUUUUUUUUAUUUUGUAUCUUUUUAAAAGAAACAUAUUCAUUUUAGAAAACGUGUAUAUUUCUUGAUGGUCAUUGCCUUAUUUUUUUUUUGUUAAUUCUUCAGUGUUUAAUUUGCAUUGUUUUAUUUUUUGCUGCAGUCUUUAUUCAUUCAGCCAUAUUCAAAUGUAGGCCUUCAAAGCUUUAGCCGUUCGUACGUAUUCAGUUUGUUACUACUCUGCAGGCUGUCGGUCAAGUCAUGCAAUCUGCUGCUGCUCUCGCGCACAGGCCUACAAAGACCUGGUGCGCGGACGCAUGUGCAGACUCAUUUACACAACCGUGCACACACAUUAAAAUCAAACACUCAUGCAGUGACAAUGAGAAAGACACAUUUCCUCCUAAGAAGUCAAUCACACAUCUGCUCAACUGUUAACACUCAAUCACUCACUUGUUCCGCUACCAAAGUGAUGCAAUCCGUGUGUGGUGUAAGAUGCUGCUAUCCUGUGAUUUUUAUUAUAUCUAAGAAAGAAUGGAAAACCAGUAAUCUAAUAUAUAUACACAAUAUAUAUAUAUAUAUACAUAUACAUAUAUAUAUGUGUAUAUAUAUAUAUGUAUAGUAAAUAUCCAUGAUGCUAUAAAAGUGAUGUAAUAUAAGUGAUGGCAAUGUAAGUACAGUGUAAAAGGGGAGGAGUGGACUCUAGGUGCUCAUUAACAGCAGCUCUGAGGUCAGUUCAGCAGCUAGCUCACAAGGUUGAAGGAGCCCUUAAAACACUGGUCUCGGAUCAGAAUAUGAACCCUUGUAGGUAUUCGUAUGUUGGGCAUAAAAUGGCUCAAGCAAGCCAGACUGGGAUCAUGAUUGGCUUCAGUUUUUUUUCCUUUUUGUUUUUUUUCCUAGGAAAAAGGGCUGAGCUGGGCGUGCGUCGGUCCUUCCAUACUCUACCAUCUCAAAUACUAUUUGCCUAUUUAUGUGUAGCUUUAGUAGCGAUAUGUUCCGUAGCGUCACAGACCCAGAGGUGCUAACAGCCUGCCAGCUAGCCGCCCUUCUCAGAGCUGUGUAACCAAGAAAGCCAUUAGGAGUUAGCUUGAGCUUUACCCCUCUUCCUCUGACUUUUUUUUUUUUUUUUUUUUUUAGCCAGAGCAGUGCUGAAGCUCCUUCCAGCUAGUCUGUGAAUCGAUACAUCUGAAGACUCUUCUGUUUUUUCCCGCUCAUCUCCUGCCCAUACUUAUCUGUAAUUACUUUUUUUUUUUUUUUGCUCUGGCUUCUUCUUUCUCUUGCUUUUUCAAUCCAUCCCAUCAUUCUGCACUACUCCCUUUUCUUUCCCGUCUCUCGCUCUUCUCUAUUAAAAGGUGCUUUAUUGACAUGUAAUCAGAGCAGUAGCAAGUCUGCGGUCUCUCCUCAGACGGACAUGUUCUCUGAGGACUUGAACUAAUGUUCACUAACCAAACAAGCCUUUGACAGAACACAGCUCAACAGAACAGGGCAUUCUGACACAUGUACCACCCCCCGACCUCCCGUCUGAGUCCUGAACCCUUUUUUUUUGUUUUGUUUUGUUAUUCACCCCCAACCCGAACAACAAAGCCAAGGUACAACCCAAUACAUACCCUGCUAAUCCAAAGAAGUCACCCUGACCCGCAUGAUUAAAGUCUCCACUUUUGUCGGAUGUGGGGGAGGAGGGAUCAGAUGGGAGACGGAGGUAAUGAUUAGCUCUGAUUGGCAGCCUGUAAUGUACCUCAGGGAUAAGGCCUUACAGAGGGGAGAUCUAAUCCUGUCAUCCCCCCAUCGCUGUCAUCAUCAUCAUUAUAUUAGCCUCUCCUUCUCAGUUUUCUUUCUGUCUUCCCCCCCCUCUCUUUUUCUGUCUUUCUCUUCUUCUUUUUUGAUGCUGUAUCUUGUCCUCUGUCUAUGCUGUGCCUUGCUCCUGUAAGUGUCAGUAAGCAAAGUGGUUUACUAGCUCAAAAAAAAAAAACUACAAAAAAACCUUUGCCAAAGUUGAUGGGAAAGUUAAGGUAGAGUUCUUUUCUAGGUUUUAUUUAUACUAUAUAUUUGCAUACAGUACUUUACAUGCCAAUUACAGUGCAAUCUUCAUUUAUUUAUUGUUUAAAGAUUAAGAGACAAGUGUAGUUAUAUACUAAUUUUUUCUUGUAGCAUGUUUUAUUUUUUUUUCUUUUAAUUUUUUUUUUAAAUGGAUGUAUGUUAGAUUGUAUGAUUAAGGCCAGCAUUCCUUAUCUCAGUAACCCUUUAAGUAUUUUCUCUUACAGCUGUUGGGAACCUGUAGCUCAUCAGUCCAUGCAUUGCAGUUAUCAUUGCCGUUUCAAACAUGUAACCAAAUGCCUAUGUAUUUUUUUUUUUUUUGUUUCAUCUCCUGUUUCGGCCGCGCACAGGCGAACAGUUCUUGUAAUGCUUAGAGAGACAUGUAGCAAGCCAGGCCUUAGGGUCAGUUCAAGUCAUCUGUAUUGGGAUAAACAUUGCUGCCUUUGGCUUUUUUUUUUUCCUGAUUAGUGUUAUAAUGAAGCUUCUGAUAUCUUUUUACUGUUUUUAUCGCCAAAGUGCAGGCUUCUUCUUUUUUUUCCCGUGUCCGCUAGAUGUUGCGUUCGCAGUCGUCUAAAGGGCUCUGUGAUGUUCUUCUGUAACGACACAUUAUUAUUAUUAUUAUUGUUACUAUUCUCUCAAAAGGAAAAAAAACAUUAACUUGAUCUGUGAUUACGCUUCUUUUCAUAUUAUCUUUUAUCGUUUUUGUUUUUUUUGUAAAGCAAAAGCAAAUGUGCCAUUUUUGAAAUGUGUAGCCCCUUUUGGAGGAGAGUUCUUGUUUUUUUCCACACACAACCUGAUUUCUCACUGAAAAAGUAAAGAAGGCAAAAAAAUCUAUACAAUCAUAUGAUGAUUUCAGGCAGACAAUAAUAAUAAUAUUGACGAUUCCUUUUUCAGGCUAGUGCUGGUAUAGCCGUAGUGAGUGUUUUUGUAUCCAGUGUUUUUUGCUAAGAGAUGAUAUACAGAGAUAUCUAUAGAGCUAUAGAAUGAGAUGGUAAAUACGUUAUGACUAACAGAGUUGAAGCACUUUUUUUAUGCCGAGCAUUAGGCUUGAUGAGGUUCAUGUGAGCGAUCCUUUGCUCGUUUCCAAACACUACUGCCAGCGGCGUCUGUUACACACACUCAUUGGCAUUAUUCUUGCCGUUGGCGUCACUGUGACAUUUGGCAUUACUGGAGCACUGUCCUGCGCUACUCAAAUGGCACCCUGCUCCCCGAAACUACAGUUCACGAGGAAAUGCAGGGCCUUCGUCAGACGUGCUCGUCGCACGUCUACCUAAACCUGUUGCAUUGUAAUCGACGGGCGACAUAUGAGGUGUCCUGUCCUUAAACCCACUGAUGUUACGUUGUCCAGCCCCCUUUUCAUUCCCCCAUUUUCAAGCCUUAAUGCCCCACUGGGAGGGCAGGGGUUCACCUCGUGUUUGGUCCACGUCAGGCCAGUUAUGCUAGUGUUGAAUAGUCUGACGUUAACGCAGCGUUGACCGAAAGGCUUCAUAUUUGUGGGUAGGGUACUCCCUUUAUGUGCUUUGUUUUGUUUGUUUGUUUUAUUUUCAAAUGCUGGUGAUUUUUCUCGAACCCCCACCCCCACUCACCCUGCAGGUCCUGCACAUUUUAGCGGGUAAAUCAAGAAUGAGAGACAAUGUUUUUUGCCCAGCAACCCCACGUCUGUGCCUUCUGAUCAGUUUUUAUUAUUUUCUUUUUUUUUUGUACAUUUUACAGUAAGUAGAGAUUUUGACUGAGAGAUUGGCGAUUUGACAAACGUACAGAGACUCACAGGUAUUUAACUAUUUUUUAAGCGAGACAAAAAAAGAAACAUAUUUUUACCUCACGAUUUAAAUACAAACAUUCCAAUGUUGUCAUGGUCUACGAAUUGAGUAAAAAAAGUAAAGAAAUUCAUGCAUUUCUUCUUGUAUUGUAAAUGUUAGACAAUUUCAUAUGCAUUAUAUAAAAGAAACUGCCAUAUCAAUUUUAAUGUAUAGAUUUUUGCAAAUACUACCCUAUGUAUGUAAGACGUAACUGUAUCGGUAGCGUAUAUAUAAUAUAUUUAUGCCCAAUAAAUGUUUUAAUUUUUUUUCUGA